AUGUCCGGACCCCAAGUGAACCAGUCCAACACUUGCAGUCGCUUAAGUCAUCCCAACCACACAUCCCUUGCACCCCAAACUACAGGCUGGACCCAAUGCUCUGGUCUGAACAACUUCAAGGGCCUGCGUACCCGCAUCCCAAGUAGCUCAGAGUUCAGCACCUGCAGCAACCACUCUGAGCCAUCCUUCAACCCCAGCUCCCCCAGACUGCCCAGAGGGAAAAUCUGCAUGGGCCGGCCCUACAACUCCAAGUGCGUGGAGACAAGUCACCUGGUGAGAUCCAAGGUGGUCAGAAAGUCCACUUGUCAUCGUAGCAACCCUCACUGCCUGCUCUGUACAGAUGGUCCCCGGGGGCCCUCCAGCCCCACCUUCCUGGACCAACUCAUCAAAGGCAUCAGUUACCUAGACCGAUCCACCAAUGCCUUCUCCAACCCCAAAACGCUGAACCUGCCCAGGCUUGCAGUUAACUACCUGGAACGAGCCGCCAAUUCCCUCUACCUUGACCACCUGGAACACUCCCCGACCCACAGCUACUACAGCCCCAGUGCCAGCAUGGCCCCACCUGACCACCCCUCGACCAGCACCUGCAUGGUGCCAUCCACCAGGGAUGCCAGUGCUCUGCAGUGCCUGGCCGGCUCCACCAGCAUGAACCGUCAGCCCCAGCCCCCCAGCCUCAAUCCCAUGCUGCCACUGAGGUCGGGUAUAAAGCUGCCCGAGCUCCCUCUGUUUGGCAAUGGGUUCUUUUCCUUAGGUCGCCUACCCAAGUUCUGGGAAGCAAUCCGCUCAGGCUGGAGUGGUGAACCUGAACCCAUGUCUAAACCCCCUACCUGGUGGUGA